ACUAAUCGACGUUGAAAAAUCGCGAGUCGCAUUGCAAUCGCAUGCAAUUUGUUUUGUUAUUAAUUUUCCAAAUUAUCUCGGGCCUGGUGCUGCUGCCAAUUGUGAUCCACUACGUCUAUUACAUAAUAAAUGCGAUUGCCGGCGAUUGGGGCGAGCAAAGAGAGCAGCAGCUGCAAAGGAGCCCCAGUCCAGCCAAAGAGCGCCACCAAAAGCACCACCCCCGCCCCCCGCCGCCUUCGUCUUUGUCGUCAUCCGGGGUUUUCAUAAACAAUUUGACAAAUUCUUCGCCGCCUCUGCCUCUUCCGCCAGCAGCAACAACAACAACAAUGCAAACAAACGAUGACGCCAAGUUUAUUAAAAAGAGGUGGAAAGGCGGCUCCAUCGAACCGCAUCCCACGGAUAAGGCGCUGAUUGUCAACUACCAACUGGAGGCCACCGUCUUUGGGGAGCCCAACAACCCGAUGAUCGAGGAAAAGAAGCACUGUCAGAAAAUCAUUAGACUCCGCUCGCUGAACGCCAAAACGGAUCCGGCUGCCUUGGCCCGCGAGGUGGUGGAAAAAUGCGAUCUCAUCCACAAGUCGCAGCUGAACGACGUUGAGCAGAUAAUCUUCUACCUGAAGAAUCGCAAGGAUAAUGCCAGCAAUGAUAUUCCGGAUAAUAACACUCACAGCCGGCGAUCUGCCGCUCUCCACACCGCGCACACACGCUCCUCCGCCCGAUCGCACAGCAGUGUGGCGGCCAUGAGCAGCAGCACUGGCGGCGGAGGAGGUGGAGGAUCUGGAUCUGCAGCCAGCAAUGGCGUGUCCAAUGCCCUUAGUGCCGCCACGCCCACGGCGGAUGUUUCUAUCAACAAUAUUGAUGAGUAUGUGGAGCUGCUGUACGAGGAGCUGGGCGAACGCAUCCGCGGCUCGGCCAUGAUCCUCCAGAUGGCACGAAAUCCCGAUAAUCUCGAGGAGCUGGAAAAGAAUGAAGCCUGCCUGAGCGCCUUGUCGCGGGUUUUGCGCGAGGAUUGGCGCAAAUCCCUGGAUCUCUCCACCAAUAUAAUCUAUAUAUUCUUCUGCUUCUCCACCUACACCAAGUUCCAUCCCCUAAUUGUGCAAUAUAAAAUUGGCUCGCUGUGCAUGGACGUGAUCGACUACGAGCUGCGUCGCUACGAGACGAUGCGAAAUGAGCUGGACGUACGCAAGCAGCCCAAUGGCUCCUCCACUCCGCACUCGGCGAAGGCCAGCAAGGAGAAGCUGAACCGCAGCACCGACGACUUCCUGGACAUUAUGAACGAGGAGAAGCCCAAGGAGAUGGAGCCGCCGCGUCGUCGCAUUCCGGAGCUAAAGCAGCGCCCCAAGUCGGGCAAUUGGAGCAGCUUUCACGGCUCCAUGUCGUCGUCGCUGAUCAAGAGUCAGAUUUUGAAUAGCAGCUACCACGAGGCACUCUGCACUGGCGGCGGUGGCGGUGCCUCACCAGCUGGAGAUCCACCCGCUGAACUGAAGGCCCAGAGCAACGAGUCGCUGGACAGGAACGAUCCGAAGGUCAAGAAGGAGGAGAUCGAUCGGCUGAACAAGCAGCUGAAGAUCUUCGCCAAGAAGCAGGAGCAGCUGCUGCGCGUGGCCUUCUAUCUGCUGCUUAAUAUGGCCGAGAAUGUGAAGCUGGAGGAGAAGAUGCGACGCAAGCAUAUAGUCAAGAUGCUCGUCAAGGCGCUGGAUCGCCAGAAUAUCGAUCUGCUGAUGCUGGUGAGCACAUUCCUCAAGAAGCUGUCGAUAGUGGGCGACAACAAGGACGAGAUGGGCUCGCUGAAUAUUGUGGCCAAGCUGCCACGGCUGUUUCAAAGCACGCACACGGAUCUGGUGCAGGUCACGCUGAAGCUGGUCUUCAAUCUCUCCUUUGACGGCGGACUGCGGCGCAAGAUGAUUGCCGCCGGCUAUCUGCCCAUGCUGGUGAUGUUCAUCAACGAUGAGAAGCACCAUGGCAUCGCUGUGAAGAUUCUCUACCACAUGAGCCUGGACGACAAGGUGAAGGCGAUGUUCACGCAAACGGAGUGCGUGCAAAUGGCCACCGAUGCUAUCAUUCUUAAUCUCAAUGUCAAGGUCGAUCUGGAUUUGAUUGCCCUGUGCAUUAAUCUCUCGCUGAAUCGCCGCAAUGCCCAGAUUAUGGUGGAGGGCCAGCGGCUGCAUAGCCUCAUGGAUCGGGCCUUCAAGUACCAGGAUGCCUUGCUGAUGAAGCUGCUGAGGAAUCUCUCGCAGCACGAGUCCCUGCAGUUGCAGUUCAUCGACUAUGUCGGCGAUCUGGCGCGCAUUCUGACGAUCUGCGACGACGAGGCUUUCAUCGUUGAGUGCCUGGGCAUUUUGGGCAACCUAGCGCUGACCGAUUUGGAUUACUCGCAGAUCCUGCAGAACUUCCAGCUGAUUCCCUGGAUCCGCCAGCUUCUGGUGCCCUGCUCUCGCCUGGAUGAUCUUGUACUCGAUACCAUCGUCUAUCUGGGCACCUGUGCCUGCGACGAGCUGUGCGCCCUGCUCUUUUGUCGCGCCAAGGUGGUCAUCUCGCUGAUCGAACUGCUGAAGGCCAAGCAGGAGGACGACGAGAUUGUGCUGCAGAUCAUCUUUGUGUUCCAGCAGAUUUUGCGGCACGAGAGCACCCGGGAGUACAUGAUCAAGGAGACCGAGUCGCCGGCCUAUCUGAUCGAUCUGAUGCACGACAAGAACGAGGAGAUACGCAAGGUGUGCGACUAUUGUCUGGACAUCAUCGCCAUCAGCGACAGCGAGUGGGCCAAGCGCAUCAAGCUGGAGAAGUUCCGCAACCACAAUUCGCAGUGGCUGUGCAUGGUGGAGUCGCAGCAGGAUCAGGACAAUGAGCAGGACUACGCCGACCAGGAGGACGAGUGCGACAAUGACCUAGACACUUAUCUGCGCUCCGAGUACUUGGACAACUGCGAUCUUUACAACGACAAUGUGGCCGACAAUGAGAGCAAUAGCAACAGCAACCACAGCAACAACAAUCCGGCCAGCCCGGCCAUGUCCACCUACAGCAGGCCACUGAGCACCUAUCGCCGCAGCCAGGAUCUCGACGAUCUGUACAACAUGACCUCCAGUUCGAAGUCGCAGGGCUCCAGCGACAACAACUUUAUGUUCAAAUCGAACAAAUCCCUGGAUGCCGACGGCCUGCACGAGGAGCUGCUAAUGGCCUAGAAACCGAAACCGAAACCGAUCAAAUUUUAAUUAAGAAGCUUCUGCAGAUGAUGAUGUCCCCUGUGUACAUGUUUAGUCACUACCUAUUACCGAUUUAUAGGAUAUAUAUAUAUGAUACUUUCACGCUUGUUAGUCAAAGACGUUAAAUGAGUUUAGCGACGCGGCAACUUUGUACUCAAGACAUUCAAAUCGAGCAACGGCGCACAGUUUGCCAGUUUUUUAGUUUAGUUCGUUUACCCAUUAAUUGUUUAUUUUGUUAUUUAUUAAUAUUUAUUCUCGCUUAGCUUCCCCCUCGGUUGCUCGCAAUGCAAUUUACUGUGCAAUAAUCUCUCACUCAAAGUAUUACGUCAAACGUUUUUAGUUGUACUUGUUUUAGUUUAAUCCCCUUGAAUCCUUAAUUUUUUAUUUGUUUAUUGAAAUACCUUACGAACGAAAGUCAAAUUGUAAUAUUAAACGAAGGGCGAUCGAUCCAUUGAACAGAAAAAGAAACCCCGAAGAAUAUAUACAAAGCUAAUGUAAAUGUU